GCGCAGCUGGGUGGAGUCGCAAAGGAAGUGAAGUGUCAACGCUAAGGCUCGCCAAAACACAGAGAGAGAGCCGGAGACGCGGUGCUUUUUCUUUUUUUUUUUUUGAUGGUCAUCGCCUCGGUACGAUUUUACACUGACCCACCCCAAGUCCAGAGCAGAGCAUUGCUUGGAUUGUGUUUAGAGGACUGGUGUCAGGAGGCCUGCAGCGCUGGCGUCAUGGUGAAGAAUGUGGUGUCGUGGUGAAGAAUGUUCCGCAAGGUCAAGAAGCGCCACAGCAGCAGCAGCUCCCAGAGCAGUGAGAUCAGCACCAAGAGCAAGUCUGUAGACUCCAGUCUGGGAGGCUUGUCCAGGUCCAGCACAGUCGCCAGCCUUGACACAGACUCCACCAAGAGCUCAGGUAACAGUGCGUCUGAGACAUGCGCUGAAUUCAAGGUUAAAUAUUUGGGAGCUGUUGAGAAGCUGGACUUUGAGAUGAGCAAAACCCUCCAGGAGCCGUUAGACCUGAUCAGCUAUAUCGAUGCAGCUCAGCAAGACGGAAAGCUGCCAUUUGUGCCCGGAGAAGAGGAGAUGAUCCUGGGAGUGUCCAAGUACGGAGUCAAAGUGGCGUCUUUGGACCAGUGUGACGUGUUACACCGCCACCCUCUCUACCUGAUAGUGCGCAUGCUGUGCUAUGAUGACGGUCUUGGAGCUGGGAGAAACCUCCUGGCCCUCAACACCACCGAUGCCAAGCAGCAGGAGUGCAGCAUCUGGGUCUACCAGUGCAGCAAUGCGGAGCAAGCUCAAGCCAUCUGUAAAGUACUCUCCGCUUCCUUCGACUGUGUUCUGGCCUCAGACAAAUCCUGAGGCUUGUGCCUCCCGUCAAAUCCACACCUCUAACAGACCGUCAAACUGCCAUGAAGGCAUGAUCCCUGGAUAAUGCUCAGAGUGUCAGAAGAAAUCUCCUCGUCUUGUAGCGGUUAAGUUCAGGAUUACAAUACAAUAAAUCUGCUCCACGAUCAGUAUAUAAGAGCAGCCUCUGCAGGGAGCAGUGUUUACAUCAGCCAUGUACAUUCUGCUUCUGAUAUUACAAUCUCUGUCACCUGAAGGCCUUCCAGGCAAAUCAUUAGCCUAAUUUAAUUUUAUUUAAUGUAAAUAUACACUGAGCUCAGCAUACGGUUUCUCCAGUAACUGAGCAUCAUGUGGGAUUAAUGCUAUCAGCGGUACAGUGAGUACGAAGGAGUACAAGGGAUUAUUCAUCAAACAUGCUGUAAAUUCCAGCUAUCUGUAGCCUUGAGGGAGGAGGGUUGAGGGGUCUGAUGUUCAGUGCUGUGUGUAACAGAUCACCCUCUCCUGUCCUCUCAUAAAUCCUGGUCCAGAUGCUGCUGGAUCAGUUCAUACGGUACUAUAAUCUAAAAAAAAAACCGGUACAAUAAACUUUUCAAUUGAUUGUUUUUUAAAAAGAAAUCAUAUUGUCUUUGUCCUUGAUAAAAGCCUGGUAUGGUCCGUCUCACCAGUGGAGGUGGAUUUUUCAUCGCUGUAAAUGUCAUGUCAUGUAAAAAAUUAAAGAAAGCAAUGUGUUCUUUUAAGAAAUAGGACUUAUUACUUAUAUAUAAAAUAAAUAAGGAGCCUCUUUCUAAGUUAUGUUAUUAAAUGGGUUUGUGUAGAUUUCAUACAAUGAAACUGUAGCAUUUUUCCCCAAACUAUUUACAAAUUUGAUCCGAUUGCUUCCAGUACAUAUAAUUAUAUAAUAAUCUUUUGAUAAUCUUUUCAUUUUAGCGCCAUGUUGCCAUACGGUAACCCGUGUACAACAAUGAAAACAGGCCAUCCACUGAAUCCACAUUUCUGUACGUGUGUGAGGUUGUGACAAUGUUUUAGAAAUCACUGAUACACCUUGAACACAUUUUUUUAAUCAUUACAAAAGGUUACACAUACAUGUUCUAAUACCACUGAACUAAUUUACAGCUAAAUGUGAUGUGAGCUGGAAGGACUAUAGGGCUUUUGACAGGUUACAGUUUUUAUUCUUGCUAUAAUCCUAAAUUUGAGCUCCGGAGUUGUCUCCACUUCCCUUCUGGCUGUAAUUUUCUAUCCGGCUGAAGUUAAGCAGGAGCACCGCUAGCCAGCAGGCGAUUAUUUGAUCCACAGGGAAGGACACCGGACACCUACACUACGCUUUACGUCUGUUGCAGAGCUCAUCGUAUAGAGGCAGUGCUUAGCUCAGUGUCCGCGCCGUUGAAAAUAAAACCUCACAGCUUCAUUGGGCACACAGUAUGCAUAAGGAAAUUGCUGAAUUGUGAAACUACAACAAGGCCAAGCAAAAAGUAUUAGUAGUGGGCUACUGAUCAGAAGGAUGGGGGUUCAAGCCCCAGCACCACCAAACUGCCACUGUUGGGUCCUGUUUCCGUAGAGCUGGCUGACCCUGGCUUCCUGAGCUGUGAAGAAUAUGUCCUGUAAUGUUUGUGACAAAGGCUUCUUUUUCCACAGCAGGACUAGAAUAAAUAAAACGUAGACAUGAUGGUGGAUUUAUUAUUGCGAACUAAUGAAUGAUUUCCUCAUGUUAUUCACUGAUACUUUAACAUCUAACAGUGCACCAGUGUCUAUCGCUGUACUCCACUAGAUGGUGAUCUUGUUAUAGUCUUCAACAAGGGGUCAAGGAACAAGCUGGCCAGUGUGAUUGUUUAUGGAUAAAUUAAAAAAAGAUAGAUCCUA